ACUUGACCAAGAAGCUUGCAAAGAGACGAAAAUUGCUUUGAAUUAUUAUUAUUAUUAUUACUAUUAUUUACUUACUAUCGUUUUUAAAGCUGUGUCUGGAAAAGAAAGAAAAACCAAUACAGAAAAAAAGAUGUACACGUUAUUUUUCACUCUUUCUCGCUUUCAAACUUAUUUUUUUAUACGCUAAAAGCAAUAGCAAACCAACUUGUAACUUGACCGACCAAGCAAACACGUACAAUAUACAUUUGAAUUUUCUAAUGAAAUAAAAGAGUUACAGAGGUUAUUUUCAUCAUGACUGACUCAUUUGCUGAGCGAAGAAACAGCACUUUCACCUUAGAAGAGGACAGCCUUCCUUUGCAGAAACUCAUCAAGCAGAAUAAAGCUGAAAAUGUAGAAGACACCACUAUAAAAGACUACAUAUCUAAAAUGGCUUCUGAGAUCCCAGACCAUAUCUUUCACUAUGACUGGUUUCAAGAGGAGAAAGAUCUCUCGGUGCAAUUUAUUGCAAUUGCUGAAAAAUUAUUGCCCACUUUGAUUUUGGGUGUUGAGAAGCUCUUGAGGGAAGUUGAAAAAAAGGGACUGACUGAAGACAAGAAUCUAUGCCCAAAUUUCAACCCCUUGAACUUCCUUGCUCAAUUCAUGCUGCGGAAUCAUCCUCGGAACCUUAGCGUGUCAGAACAAUCAGCUUAUAUCAAGAUGUUGCAGCAUGUUACCAAAAAAGUAAACAAGCAGUUUAGUAGUGAGAAAAAGAAAAGUUUAAUGACUAUGAAAGAACAAAUUCAACAGAGACGACUGAAACGAGAAGCAACAAAGGCUAGGUGUCGAGAAGAAAGGCUUAGACAUAAAGCUUUGCUGGUUGCUCAUUUCGCUCUGUGGCUUCAUCCAGACAAACCUCAGCUGCACACAUCUUCUGUUAUGAAAGCCUUAAAUACCCUUGACGAGAUGAUAUCUGAGCCUCAAGAUGAAUAUGAAUCAUUGUUAAGAGAUAUGAAAACAGUCAAAGAAGACAAGACAUUUGAUGCAGAUACUUUCUCAGAGUUUUUGCUGGGCUACCUGGACAAUUGCCCCAUAACAUUUGAUGCAUUGCUGGAACAUCUGAACAAGAGUGCAGAAGCAAACCAGAAUUUAAUAAAUGAUAAACAAGAGAGGAAAGUUUUGCUAGAUUUAUUCAUGAUCUGCGAUGACAGCAUGGUUGGCUCAUUAGAUCGGCUCCAAGUUCUUAGUAUCCUGGAAGAAUUUUGGUUAUUAUGCCCUGAACAAAUGAAACAAGAUAUAAAUAAUCCAACCAUAUGGCCAGUCACUGAAGUGGAAGAAACAGGCAUGAUCAUGGGUGAGCCUUCAAAGGAAACAACAACAGAUAGUUUUGUAGUCAGUGAUGGAGAAGCAAGAGACACUGAAGAAGAUGACAAUGAAAGGCAGGAUGCUCUUGAAGAUAAACCAGAAGGUGAUGAACUUUCUGUUAGUGACAACAUUAAUGGUGAGGAUGAUGAUAUAACUAAAUCUGCAGAACAAAAUGAGGUUGACAGUGUUACUAGAGAUGUUGAUAAUGUGGAUAGUGCAGACAAUGUUAGUGCUGUAGAUGACACUGCAGCUGGAGAUGAUAUUCCUGCUGAUGGUGAUAAUGCUGCUGUCACAGAUGAAGUUAAUGCUGAAGAUGAUUUAGAUGAUGAAGAAGUGGAAGAAGACGAUGAAUCCAAAGUUAAAAAGUCUUCCUUUGAAUAUUCAUCAGAAUUUACCUCAACUGGUGCUGAAUAUAGUUUUGCUACCACAAAGACGGAGGAUGAAAAUUACCAACUUGUCAGCUGGCUGAAAAAGGUAUUCAGUGAGAUUGAUGACAUCACCAAAUCCCAAGAAAAUUUUUGGCAGGAGAAGAUGGCAGCUUCAUUAGACAAGUUUUCAGAAUCUAAAGAAUCAUCAGAGAAUAUAAAAUCUCUUGUUUCUUUUGUUGGGGAAGUUACUGUUUACAGAGAUGAAAAUGUAGAAAUGGAGCCUAUUGCUGCAGAAGAUGUAUGCCAAAGGAGAAAUGAAAGAUUCAGUUUGAAUGUGAAUGAAGCUAGAAGAAUAGCUAUAUCAUAUAAAAGAAUAGCUUUAUGGAAUCCAGGUGACUGUGCAAUGGCACUGAGAAGGCCACAGAUCAAACAAGAAGUGCAACAGAAGAAGUUAAAAGCAAUUUCCAACAGUUUGUUUGAGAUGUGGGACAGCGACCAGUCUGGAUAUGUUAGCAUGAAACAUAUUGAAAAUGUGAUAAGUAAUUUAAGAAAAACUCAAGAAGAAGAUUUGGUUGAAAUAAUUGAAAAUGAAAUGGACAAAAUGAAAAAGAAGGAAAAAAUCAGCAAGCACGAAUUGCGACGGUUCAUCUUUAACAUCAGCAACAAAAUACCGAACAACUACACAAGCUUUAUUGACUGUGCGAGCAGCAUGCAGAUGAGCAAAUCAGAAGUAAAUCGAGGUGGCUUGCGCAAAGAAUGGUACCACAAAAUCAUAUAUACUGGCAGAACAAGUGGAACUGAUAUGGCACUGGUUUAUGAUAUUGUAAUCAAGACCCUCCAUAAGGAUGCUGAAGUGCAUGGCGGUGGUAAGAAAGUCAGUUCUUAUAUUGCAUUAUUGACUUGUGAAGAACCUGUUGAGGAGACGUUCUUGAAAUAUGUUGCAACAUCUGCAGAACAAGCUGAAUAUCUUGAGAAUAAAAUUCUCCGACGGAAUAUGAACUGCAUCAGCUUCAUGUGUAUUGAUAAAGGUGUGCCUAUACAUGUACCCAAAGUAAAAAGUCAUGGUAAGAUUUACUUCUGGAAUACUGACGAGACAAAUAAUGGCUCACUCUUACUGAUACCACUGAAAAACAAGAAGAAUAAGGUGUUUGGACUGUUGGGCAUUGAUACAUUACACUGUCCCUCUGAGACGGGUGUGUUUGUUAGCCACGAAAUCAAAUACUACCAGGGUAUUGCAAAAGCUUUCAGUAUUUCCUAUCACUGCACUAAAGUGCGUAAGUGGAUGCUCACAGUUCUAGAGAAUGGAAUCCGAUGGAUGCAACGUUAUUGCAGUCAUACUGGUGAAGUUACUAUAUACAUUGUUGAACCUAUCCUUAAAAAGAAAGACCUACAUCUAAAAACAAUUAUGUCCAUUGAUUCAGAUGGAGUUUCUACUGUGUUAAACAUUCCAUCUAUCAUUCGAAGAAAUGCAAACUUAUUUAAGAACUAUUUGUUUCAUUGCUUGGAUUGCUCUAUGACUGUAACUGCCACCUCUUACAACCAAUACCACAUAGCUUACCCUAUCCGUGGUAAGGAUGGUAAGGUGUACUUAAUUGUGGAUAUUAUUACAAAGAAGCUGAUCAAUCAUUUACCAAACUAUGAACUCAAUGAAUUACUGAGAAUUCUUAGACUGCUACAAGCAGCUUACAAGGAAAUCUGGAAUGAGCUAUGGGAAAGCGAAGAGCCUAACACAUUUCUUGCUGCUGAACAAAAGAAGAAUAAUGAUGCACUGCGAAUUACAGUCAUGUUUGAUCGUCUUCUGCUGAUGGAUCUCAGACAAAAUAUAGCCAACACAGAGGAGAGCGUUUAUGAUGAGAUUUGCAAUUAUGAUUGUCCACCACAGACCUUCUACAACACCCUGAAAGCUGUCAUCAAUAUUUUCUAUCCAGAAAAUGUCAUAAUGGAAGAUUCUGAAGAUUGGGAUUUGCUGAAAGAGUUUAUAAAUUCAGAACUCCAUGAAAAGAUUGAUGAGUUUGACCCAACUGCUGAGGAAAAUGACUUUGAUGGGGAUAGUAUCAAAAAAUAUCUUGAAGAUAUUUCACCAGGUAAUGCUAUGAAACUUGGUUUCUGGCCUGUGGAACAUUUAUAUUUGUGGCUGCAUGUCUGUGUGUCUCUUAGAGAACAUCUGAAAAAAUCACUAAAUGACAUCAUUGAGAACACUGAAGAGCAGCCUCCCUCAGAGUAAUCUAAAUACAGUGAGACAAAUAUUUUAAUUAAGAUUUGAAUUUUAUAAACAGAUUUUGAAGUUCAGUAA